GCUCCAGACCAAUUUGUAUCCGUACCUCCGCAUCAAAGACCUACCUUAUUACAGGUGGACUCAGAUGAGUCUCCAGAGUCAUCUGAGCAAGUUGAAACUUCACAAUUCCAUCUAGAAACCAAGACUCAAAAUUCUGAGGAGGAGCAGAUCUCUUCACCCCAGAAAGAGGCGCCAGCUCCACCUCCACAGCCCCUUAAAGAGGUUGAACCUUCAACCUAGCGGGAAGCCCCAGCUCAGGAACCACUUGCUGCUGAAGAUGAUGCAGCUCAGCCCUCAGUUCCAUCUCUGGGUCUGAAUGAAGCUCAGCACUUGCACUUGCCCAGUGUCACUUGCCCAGUGUCAAAAACCUGUGGCUCAGGAUUUUGUGAUACCUAGAGAGGCAGGAAAGGGGGUUGAACCUACUCCAAACCAGGAGCAGGCCCCAGCUCAGCCUGCAGAGGGCCCUGAGGGGGUGGAAGCUGCAAUCCACGAGGAGGCCCCAGCUCAGUUUCCAGACCUUCCUCUGGAUGCUGAAUCUCUGUCUGAACAGGAGCAGCUGGCUGAGGAGGCUGAAACUUCAGACCUGCAGCAGGCCUCAUCUCAGUCUCCACAGAAUAAUAAACCAUAGUUAUACCUCCAGGUCACAGUCAAGAUCAUUAUUCAGUCUUGCCGAAUGUCCUUAAACCUGCGGGUCUGGAGUUUACCAUAAUACAACCUGCUGGUGUGGGAACUUCUUCAAUCCACCACAAGGCUGCAUCUCAGGCUUUAGUGCCAAUUACUAAUGAGCAACUUUAUGAAACCCAGCAUGAGGUCCCAACUCUGGCUACAGAACCUCCCAAGGCACUUGAACCUUUUCCAGUUCAACAGGAGGCUGUCACUCAAUCUCCAGAACCUGCUAGGGAUGAAAAACUGUCCACAGCCCAGCAAGAGGCCACAGCUGAGCAAUCACAGACACCUGAGGAGGUUGAACCUUCUGUAAUCAGAAUUUUGCUAGCAGAGCUUGAAGCUGCAAUCCAAAAUUCACAGGCCACUGAUGUCAAGCCCUUUGAAAGUCAUCAGGAGGCCCCAGUUCAGCUUCCAGCGUCUCCUGUGGAAUAUACCGAUUAUCCUUUGCUGAGUGAUGAGAUAACAUUUUUACCUCUACCUUUGUGUAAAACUCAGGAUCCCAUGGUGCCUAACACCAAAGUUAAACAUGUGGCACUGGGGCUGGUAACUCCAGAACCCACUACGGAGGUUGAAUAUUCUCCAGUCCAGCAGGAAGACCUUAUUCAGCCUCUAAUUGCCACUGGGGAGGUUGCAUUUUCUCCAACCCAGUCUAAUCCUCUUUCCCAGUCUCAAGAACCCCAUAUAAAAUUUAAAUCUUCUCCAGCCCAUCAAGAUGCCAUAGCUCAGACUCCAGAUGCUGUUAAGAAGGUAGAACCUUCUCCAGACCUGUUGGCAGAGCCUUCUUCGGCCUUUCAAGAGGCUCCUCCUCAGCUUCUAAAGCCCCCUAAUGAGCUAAAACCCUCUUCAGUCAAGCAAGUGGCCCCUGUUCAGUCUCCAGAGACUCGUAUGAUGGUAGAACAUUCUCUUGAUCAGCAGAGGGGCCCAUCUCUACCUCCAAAGCUCUCUGAGGAGAUGGAACCACUUCCAAUCCAGCAGGAGGACACAGCUCCUCCUACAAAGCCACUUAAUAGGGUGGAAUCUGCUCUAGUCAAGCAAAUGGCCCCAACUCAACUUUCAGAGCCACGUAAGGUGGUUGCAGCUGAAAGUCCAGCAUCUUAUGAGAUGACAGUUCCAACACCAGGUCAUCAAACUCAAUCUCCAACACUGCCUAGUGUUGGAUUUCAGCCUUUGUAUCUGAUGCUUACCAUAAGUCAAGAACCCACAGUUUAACCAUUGGACAUAGUGGUUACCAUAACUGCAGGGAUUAAACAUCCUGCAACCCUGUCAAAGACUGUAGGUCCAUAUCUACACCAGGUUCAGACUCAGCGUCCAACCCUACCUCAAGACACACCUCAACCUUUGAAUCUGGAAAUUACCAUAAAUCAGCCACCACAGUCUUCUGAGUCAGUCUGUCUUCAGAAACUCUGAUGAUGACUUCUCAAAUGGAUUUAAAUGUGCAACCAGAACUGAUCACCACUGUGAAUGGCAACCUGUGUGAUCUCUGUAGCUGCAUAAAUGAGACAUUGUCAUGUGUGGGUCUCAACUCAAAGCAGAAGCUCCAGCAAGUGCCUGUGCCAGACCCCAGCAUUCACAAUGACACCUUCACCGUCUUAAAUUUCCAAGGAAACUAUUUCUACAUUGAUAAAAAUGUAUGGAAUUCAUACCAUUGGACUGAAAAACUGAUUCUCAGUGACAAUGAAUUGACCGAAUUACACAAGGAUUCAUUUGAAGGCCUACUAUCUCUCCAAUAUUUUUGAGGAAACUUCUGUAGGGAAUGCAGAUGGGACGUUCAUGAAGGUAUUACAGGCCCGGAAGAAGAAAACCAGA